AUGCCACGGAGGAGCGUGUUCUUGAUUUCGGGUCCGAACGAGGUCGAUGCGAGCGCACAAUCCGGCGAUCAGGUUGUCGAGCUGGCGAGCAUUGCCCGUUCAAACACCUUCAGCCUGAAGACCGGGUCACAAGCACUAGACCGAAACCUGACCAUCAACACGCCGACGCUGCGCAAGGCCCGCCGGUCGUGCAAGACCGCCAGUCUCUGUCUCACCGACCCAGGACGUCGAUCUCUAGGCCGGGCCCAAGUCAGAAGCCCCAAUCCCAACUUCAACGGCGCGAUCCUAGGGAUUCGGGGAGACACCAACGAGGGCACAACCCUGUCCUUUGCCCUGUCUCCGUCGGACCCAGACUUCCCCUUCGAGCUUGAAGGCGGCCUCCGUUGCAUUCUGACGGUUCCUGCAGCCUAUCCUCAAAAUGGCAAACCAACAAUCAGGGUCACGAAUGCCGAAAUGGCCCGAGGCUUCCAGAUCAACGUUGAAAAGGGGUUUGACAGCCUUGUCGCGUCCUUCCCAAACAAGACACUUUUGGCCUUGUUAAACGAGCUGGACAAGAAGCUUGAGACGUUCUUGACCUCGGAAAAGGCCCAAACCAUCAAAAUCAUUGCGAACGCCGACAAGACUCGAAGAGUCCCUGACCCCGAGCCAGAUGUGGUUCGCCGUGCCCCUUCUCCAACCAGACCCGUGGCGCCGCCUCCGCCAACAUGGACCGCUGAACAAAGGUCCAGCGCUCUAGCUAAGAGGGAAGGUGACGUCCGCCAACUCGAAGCACGCAUGGGACGGAUUCCGCACUUCUCUAAAAGUCCCGACGGCACGAGAUACAACAUUCCUGUCCACAUAGCCAGAUCAGAUCGGCUUCCGCAAAAUCUACGACCACUCAAGGAAAUUACACUCAUUGUGCCGCAGCUUUAUAACCUCGAGCCUUGCACCGUACUUCUGAAAGGUGUCAGUGGGCCAGAGGUCGAGAAUGUUCAGUUGGCUUUUGAGAGACAUGUCCGAAACAAACCCGACAUGACCCUUAUGGUCCAUAUCAACUACCUAACACAGAACAUCCAUUCAAUGGCCUCAGAGGUGGCACAGAGCGCAGUACGGAGGGCUUCACCAGAGCCCUCUGUGGCCGAAACUCAGAAGGUUGCGUCAGGAGAGGAAGAGGUGGCAGAAUCCAGAAAGAUGGUCUUGGACGAAGACAGACCGCAUGUCAAGCUCAUUCCCCGACCUCCUGAAUGGGACCGACGGGAUUCCGAGGACGAGUCAGAAUCGUCCUAUGACUCGGGCGAAUAUUCCGAUUCCGAAGAUGAAGGACACGACGAAGAGGAGGAGGGAGACACUGAGCAAGGCGGCGCCACUCUCCCAGUCUCCUCGACCUCGACAGAAAAGGGAAUCCACCUUUCCUUCCCGAACCUGGAACUCCACAACAUUGAACUUUUGACCUUGUCGUCCCUAUCUAUCUCGGUCAAGUGCCUGCGCUGCAAAUCUCCCCUGGACAUCUCCAGCAUCAAACCUAGCGGAGACGCCGCCGGUUCUUCGGCGUCUAGUGUCCGCACCGAAACCUGCUCAAAAUGUACCACACCGUUCACGGUCUCUUACACGCCCAAUGCCUUGCACGCCAACACGGUGCGUGCGGGCACGAUUGAAGUCAUGGGCUGCACGGUGGCCGAUCUCCUCCCAUCGGUCUUCCAGCCUACCUGCGCGUCGUGCUCGACGACCUUCCCCUCCCCUCCGGGUAUGAUCUCCGUCCGGGGCGACACACCAAUCCAGGUCUGCCGGAGCUGCCACGCCAAAAUGACCUUCACGAUCCACGAGGUCAAGUUCCUGCGCGCGUCCUCGGCCUUUGCCUCGGGCACGCUGCCCCCGCGACGGCGGCCCAAAAAAGAGGACCUGGGCAUCUCCGCGGGCACGCCGCUGCCGCACAACGGCACCUGUGCGCACUACCGCCACAGCUACCGCUGGUUUCGCUUCAGCUGCUGCCAGCGCGUGUACCCGUGCGACCGGUGCCACGACGCCGCCGAGGCGCACGUCAACGAGCACGCCGACCGCAUGGUCUGUGGGUGGUGUUCGCGCGAGCAGCGCUUUCGGAGCGAAGACUGCGGCCUGUGCGGGCACAGCGUCAUCCGACGACGCAAGGCUGCCGGCGGCUUCUGGGAAGGCGGCAGGGGCACCCGCGAGAAGGGUCUCAUGAGCCGCAAGGAGAAGAGGAAGUAUAAACGGCCUGGAAGCAGCGUGGUGGGUUCUGCUGCCACCGCUGCCACCGGGAAGAAGGACGGUGGUGCGAAGUAG